AUGUCCGUGGUGCCGCCCAAUCGCUCGCAGACUAGCUGGCCCCGUGGGGUCAACCAGUUUGGCAACAAGUACAUCCAGCAGACCAAGCCCCUCACCCUGGAGCACACCAUCAACCUGUACCCUCUUACCAAUUACACUUUUGAUACAAAAGAGCCCCUCUAUGAGAAGGACAGCUCUGUUGCAGCCAGAUUUCAGCGCAUGAGGGAGGAAUUUGAUAAAAUUGGCAUGAGGAGGACUGUAGAAGGGGUUUUGAUUGUCCAUGAGCACCGGCUACCCCAUGUGUUACUGCUACAGCUGGGAACAACUUUCUUCAAACUACCUGAUGGUGAGCUUAACCAAAGAGAAGAUGAAGUUGAAGGACUAAAAUGCUUAAUGACAGAAAUAUUGGGUCGUCAAGAUGGAGUCCUGCAAGACUGGGUCAUUGAUGACUGCAUUGGUAACCGGUGGAGACCAAAUUUUGAACCUCCUCAGUAUCCAUAUAUUCCUGCACAUAUUAUAAAACUUAAGGAACAUAAGAAGUUGUUUUUGGUUCAACUUCAAGAGAAAGUCUUGUUCGCAGUCCCUAAAAAUUAUAAGCUGGUGGCUGCACCACUGUUUGAACUGUACGACAAUGCACCUGGAUAUGGAUCAAUCAUUUCUGGUCUCUCUCAGCUUUUGAGCAGGUUCAGUUUUAUAUGCAACUGA